CACAAAUUUCGACAAUUUUAGUGAUAACGAUUUGAAAUUCAAAUUUUCAAAUUCAAUUUCAAAAUUUUUUUAAUUCAGUGUCCUUAAGUUCAAUAAAUAAUUAUGCUAUAUGGUAUUUGCUAUUUGCAACCAUUCGUGCGUGAUACUAUCGUAAUAUUCGAAUAAAAAGUUUUCAUUCUACUCCGGUGUCACCUGUAAACGACUAAGCGGUACGGAAGACCAAUUUUUUUUCAACAACAAAAUGGACAUCAGUUUUGUUUUGACUCAAGUUGAAGAUUUAUCCGAUGCACUGGCAAUUCUGGAAGGACAAUACAACGAUCCCGAUGAUGAAAUUGAAGACAAGUGUAUGGAUUUGUUUACAAAUCUCGGAGCAGUCAAGGAAUCCAUGGACGCGUUGCGAAAUGUGUUUGCAAAAAUUAAAGAACAACAUCAGAUUUCGUUGGAGAAAAUCAGCGAACUCGAGAAUUUACAAAAGCGUAGUUGUUACAUCCGAAAUAACUGUCCGAAAGUGCUGAAUUCUACUCAUGUAGAAAACAACAAAACGUUCUGCAGCAGCAUUAAUGACACCGCCACCACUCAAAAUACCAUAUCGCCGAUUCCGAGCAGCUGGAGUCACUUGGAAACUCCUGUAGCCAAGUCCAAUUCGAGCUCUGAUAAAACGAAACAAGAAAUUCAGAGCGUCAAAUGUCGCAGUAUAGCUCACGUUACUGAAGAAGAAUUUGACUCCGUUCCCAAGUACAUGAAAGGUCGAUUAAAUGUCGGAGCGUUGAACAAAUUGAUCGAUUGUUUCAACACUGUUUUCAAGAAAAAGUACGACACCGUCAGGCAAGCGAAAAAAACCGUAAAAUCUAAAGAUAUGGAAUACUACUGCGAUUGGAAAAGAGAAGAAAACACCGAGCCUAAAGGUACUUUUUUCAUUACCGGCAAGGAUCUAACUACUUUUGGUGAUACUAAAUUAGAUAAAGGUAUGUUGAACAUGAUCACCAUCCUGAGACAUCUGAAGAGAGUUAAAGAGAGCCGCCAAGUCAACGGACCCGUACAUUACGUAUUACUAUGAACUUACAUACUAUUUUUAAUUCGAUUCCAUUAUAAUGUAAAAAUUAUUCAUUUCGUGAUACAUAAAUGAAAUUGCAUUUAUAAGAUAACUUAAUCCAUAUUUAAUGAGAAAGAACGUAGGUAAAUCUUUUCUCGAUGUUAUUCAUCGGAGGAUGUGAUUCGCUGAGCUUACGAGUUGGUUGGCGUCUCUACGCAUUUGCAUCCUCGAUGGAACAGUUUUCGUCGCAUUACACGUGUACAAUACAACUAAUCGAAAAUUAUCAAUUAAAUAUUUUAGGCGCAAAAGCUUUAUUUGAAUAAAACAAGUUUACAUCGUUUCUAAAAACAAUAAUCUUUGAUGAUAUUCGUGAAACAUUUCAAUGACAAAAACUCACAAGUAUCAUCAGUAAAAACGAAAAAACGUACAAAAUUAGGACCAUGUGUACAAAACGAAGUAAGCGGUAAUGCUGAAUGGUUUUUCCCUCUGAUUUUCAAAGUUACAUAUAAUUAUUUGGUACAUAUUUUAUUGCGUAACAAAAUCUUGAGCUGUAUCUGAAGGCAAAUUCUCAUUUCGGUUGAACGUAAAGAUUGGA